UGAAUUUGAGACCUGUAGCUGUGGAGCAUCAACUCCAACGGAUCUCAUAUCUGGAACUUGUGACUUCAUUUUCGCAUGAUUUACUGCGUCUUUUUGCAAGGACUUGCAAGUGCAUGCAAUAGGCUUUAUCGUUUGGUCUAGAUGCUACCCAAAAAACUACAUCCGUACAGUUCGAUCAAUGUGAUCUAGACCAUAGCCAGCCAACCUACAUGGUCUGGUAAUUUGUUUAUGGAAGGUAUCCUGACGUAGAGGCUGACAUUAUUUUAGUUUCAGCGCAUAACUAGGCAAACAUUUCGUGUGAUGGGACUCUCCAAACUCUGAAGGAGUGUCACUGAAGUGGGAAGACUAGGAAAACGAGAGGACUAGAGGAGAAAGAUGGAGCCCAUAUCUUUAGAUGGGGCUGCAACAGUGGAGGAGCUGGUGGAAGCGUGCAUCCAAGCCUUCAAUGAGAAGGGCACUUUGAAGGACCCCUCCGUAGUGCGCAUGUUCCUCAUGAUGCACCCGUGGUACCUCCCGUCCACCGACAUGGCUAAGAAACUACUGCUCAAAUCGCAGGAGGAGAGCUGUUCUGCUGAACGCAGGACAAGAAUCUGCCACCUGGUGAAGUACUGGAUUUCGGAGUUCCCGGCAGAGUUCAAUCUGAACCCAGAACUGGCAGAGCAGAUUAAAGACCUCAAGGACCUAUUGACCACUGAGGGGAACGAGCGCCAGAGUCAGCUCAUCGACAUCGACAGUGUACCGUCGUACAAAUGGAAGCGUCAGGUGACCCAGCGGCAACCCUCUAUGUCCAAGAAGAGGAAGAUGUCUCUGCUGUUUGACCACCUGGACUCCUGUGAGCUGGCCACACACCUCACCUACCUGGAGUACAAGUCAUUCUGCAAGAUACUGUUCCAGGACUACCACAGCUUUGUGAUGCAUGGCUGCACGGUGGACAACCCCAUCCUGGAGCGCUUCAUCACCCUGUUCAACAGUGUGUCUCAGUGGAUCCAGCUGAUGGUGCUCAGCAAGCCCACCGCCCCCCAGAGGGCUGCUGUCAUCUCCCACUUCAUCAGGGUGGCUCAGAAACUGCUCCAGCUUCAGAACUUCAACACUCUGAUGGCGGUGGUGGGGGGGCUCAGUAACAGCUCUAUAUCUCGCCUCAAAGACACCCAGUCACACAUCAGCAACGAGACCAACAAGGUGUUCAACAGCCUGAUCGAGUUAGUGACGUCUUGUGGGAACUACAGCCAGUACCGCCGCCGCUUCUCCGAGUGCACAGGCUUCCGCUUCCCCAUCCUGGGCGUGCACCUCAAGGACCUGAUUGCCGUGCAUGUGGCGCUGUCCGACUGGGCCGACCCGGGCAAGAGCAGGGUCAACCUGGCUAAGUGUCAACAGCUGUAUGCCAUCCUCCAGGAGCUGGCGUUGAUCCAGACCACACCGCCCACCAUUGAUUCCAACACUGACCUGCUCAAUCUACUCACAGUGUCUCUGGACCAGUACCACACCGAGGAGGAGAUCUACCAGCUGUCUCUACAGAGAGAGCCACGCAGUGCUAAACCAGCAAACUCUGGCCCUGCCCCUGCCCCUGCUCCCGCCCCCAAGCCCUCUAUGAUUGACGAGUGGGCAGCAUCUGUGAAGCCCAAAGCAGACCCUGCGGUCAUCAACAAACACAUAGAGAAGAUGGUGGACUCUGUCUUCAAGAACUUUGACACGGACGGGGAUGGUCACAUCUCCAGGGAGGAGUUUGAGAUCAUCAGGGACAACUUCCCCUACCUCAGCAAGUUUGGAGAACUGGACAAGAACCAAGAUGGGAAGAUCAGCAGAGAGGAGAUGAUUGACUAUUUCAUGAAGGCCAGCUCUCUGCUCAACUGUAAGAUGGGCUUCAUCCACACCUUCACAGAGACCACCUACGUCAAGCCCACCUUUUGUGAACACUGCACUGGCUUUAUAUGGGGCUUCUACAAACAGGGAUACAAGUGUAAAGCUUGUGGAAUUAACUGUCACAAGGCGUGUCAAGGUCGUCUGGCGGUGGAGUGUCGUAAACGGACCAAGAGCAUUAGCCACGAGCACGCACCCUCUCUCCAGGCACGCUCCUACAGCUUCCCCCCUCCGGCCAACAGCCCACCCAGCCUACAGAACACAGUGAUUGUAGAGGAAGACCUAGAGGCUGUGGAGGAAGGAAUGUUUGAUAUCCAUCUAUAACCAGAAGUCUGCAUUCAGCCUAACACAGCUGGGAGGAAACAACAGAAGAUGUGAGCCAGAAGCAUAGCCUACUAUGGCGGCCUUAGUGCUGGAGUCUGUUCAGAAGGGUGCAAUCUGUCAUCUGUCAACAGACACGAUUCCCUCUUCUAUAUGACCGACAAUCAUAUCUCCUCUACGUAAUGGAUUUCUGAGUCUGAACAUUGCGUGUAGAAAUGUAAUGAAUAGAGCAGACGCGAUUUCCUCUUCUUUGACAGAAAAUCAUGUCUGCUCUUUUCAUUCCAUUUCUAUAUGCAACGUUCAGACUGUCUCGGAUAGAAAUUCAUUGUGUAGAAGAGGGACUGGUGUAAGCUCUUCAUUCCAUUUCUAUCUGCAGUGUUCAGCGUGUUUCACAUCACUGACUGAACACCCCCGGUGAGACUUCCAGAGAGAGAGAAGAAAUUGCACUGAACCCAACACAGGAUACAGACAUGCUGUCACAUCGUGGACAAAAACUGCAACUGCAUAUCUUCAAGCACUCAACACUUCUUCCUCUGUGUAUCUCAACUCCCUUUAAACAAGUGAAUGUGAUUUUUGACGAAAAUAUCUUUCUAUGUUAAAUCUGCAUUUUAGAUUCUGGAUAUGGGCCCAUUUUUUCAUCUCUUACAUAGUUUUAAGCACUGAAUAUAGAAAAAAAAUCCACAUAAUUGUAUUUUCAGGGUAGAGAUGUCAUUGGGUUAGUGUAAUGUUAUUGCCUCCAAGUUUCAGUGGUGUUGUGUUUUCAGUGCAUUUAGCUGUACAUUCUUCUAAAUUACUAACCUAAAUGUCUCUCCAAAAUACAAGAGGUGCUGUUGUUGCCAAGAAAGAAUGUAUAGGCUAGAUGCCACCCGGACUUCCGUCUUUCUGAGAAAGCUUUGCUUUUGUCUUAGUCGUUUGUCAUCUUGUUGAUUUUAGUGAAUGGUAUGAGAGAAAUUUCAAACACCCAUGUGUUCGAUGUCCGAGAUGAAAUGUUUCAGCUCCCGAUCUAACUGUUGACUGCAUUCCUGCAUUGGGAAUCUCACUUGGAUCUAUCUCGACAGCAACAAUAUCAACGACCCGAAUAGACUGUGGGAAAAGUCCAGAAUUUGAAUAUCAUUUGAAUGCUGACGUAUUUCCCGCCCUCCUGUUACCUGAAUAUUAAUGACUGUUCUAUGGUAAUUUGACUGUGGUGCGUAAAGCAUGGUAUGUGGUUAUUAUGGUCUGUCUCGGUGCAUGGGCCACUGUACCUUUCCUCUCUGUAACUUUGGAUGUAGUUUGAAACAGUGACUAUUAUAUAUCGUCCUGAGAUUUGAACUCUAUUUUAUGAGACAUGUUAAAGCCUGUAUUUUAUCCUUCUGAGACCCAGUAAAAAAAAAAAGGGAUGGAAAAAGGGGUGUUUUGUGGGGGUGUACAAAGAAAAUAAUUUGAACAAAUAUUGUUUAUUUGAUGUGCACUGUAGUGGAUAUAAGCGGGUGAUAGUAAAUAUGGAACAGUACAGUAAGUGAAGAGCAUAGUUUUGAUGUCCACUACAGAGGACUUUAAUGAACGCGCUCUUAUUGUUUAUUUUCUUCUUUUUUUUUAACCAAGGAGAGAAAGUUGCAUGUGAUAUCAUUGAAACUCCCAUAACGUCCUCUCAAAGGUAGAACAGCACAUAAAGUAACUGACCUGUGAUUCCAGAUUUGUAUGAAAUGUGACCUAUGAUUAAUUACAAUAUGAGUCAAAUAGUUUACCUUAAAAAAAAAAAAUGUAAUUAAGUAUGUUUAAAAUAAGCUUUUUUUGUGUUCAAAUGGUGUGGCCAUUUUACCCGGUCAUAACAACAACAAAAAAAUAUGAUGAACAUAGAUCGCUGAUUGGCCAGCUCAUCUUCCGCUGGUGUAUGACAAUCAUACGCUGAGGAAAUAACAUGCAUUUAAAAAAAAAAAAACAGUUUUGUUUGAGAUACACAUUUUUUGAAGUGUGUUUUUUAUUUUGUAUUUUUUUAUUUUUUUUUUACAAUUUAUGCUUUGGCUACAUCGGAGUAUAGGACAAGUCAACUACAUUAUUUGGGUUUGAGUUAACAGAAUAUGAACUUUUAAAUGUUUUUAACAUGUAUGGCCUCUGAGAUAAGGACCAAAAAUGAAUGUCCAUGAAGAGUGGAUAAAAAGGAAUUGCUGGGCAUUAGGAGGAUAUGAAAUAUGCUUCUGAUUCCAACGAGGUGAUCCACUCUUGCCAAAUGUCUUUUCUGUGUAUUUUUAUGUAGCACGCAUAUAUAUCUUUUUUUUAUGGUAAUAUGAAAUCCUAUAGGCGAGUGUCCUAAAUGUAGUAGUUUGGGGUCUAUAAGAGCCCUACAGUGGAGGUGUCAUAAUACCCAUAAAACCUAGCGGUCAACAGAGAAAUUUGUUUUUCCGCCAUACAAUUUUUCCCAAUGGGGAUUUUAGAAACGCUUCAAAUAAGAGUCAGGUUUUGUGUAGGCUUACCCUGGUGUGAUGUGUAAAUAUCUCCUGGACAAGGUAACUUUUGUCAAUAUAUUUGGCUCUAUUUACUCUCGUAUUUGAAAAAUACUAAUUAGCGACAAAGUAGACAUCAUGCAAAACUAAAAAUCCAUUCAAGCUCCUGCACGUCAUCUCUAGCUGACACCUUUGCUAACAGGUAUAGAGUCAAUUUAAAACUCACACAAGACAGUUCACAGAAUUGUCCACAUAAAGAAAUGUAGCCAAUGUAUUAAUUACUAAAUGUUAGCUGACAUUAGAUAGUUCAUCCAGAGAUUUAUACCUUUGCCUUGAUUUGCGACAGUCUUGUCCAGAUCAUCAUGGCCUUGUAGUUCUUUUAUGAUAGCCACAUUAGCAGCUAAUUAGCAUUUCAUUUUUGGGGAUUAAAUACAGGUUAAUAUUUUUUUAUAAAAGUCACCUUGUCCUAGAGAGAUUUACACGGUUGUCAAAACGUCACGCCAGGGUAAGCCGACACGAAACACAGACCUUAUUUGAAGUGUUUUUAAAAUACCCUUUGGGGAAAAAUGAAUGGUGGAAAAACAAUUGGAACCAUUAACCUGUUUGACUGCUAGGUUUUCUGGGUAUUAUGACUCAUACCCUCUGAGGAAUACGAGUUUGAGUCCCCCAUUGUCGGCUGCUUUGUACCUUUGAAUGAAGUUCUUCCUCUGAAUGGCUUUCAUUAAUACUGAAUAGUAUAUCCUGCUUCUUUCCACAAAACCAAACUUCCAACCUGCCCUUGUCAGUCUGUCCUGGACAAGGUUCUCCAUUGUUACCGUAAGUGAACGAAUGAACACUUUAAACUGAUAUCAUGUAAGUAAUUAUUUGGAUAUAUAUCAGCUUUUUCUUAAGUGUUAAAUGCGGAAUGCAUCGCUAUACUAUGUUUUAAAUAAGGAUUUACAACAUGACUAGCAGCACUGCUACCCAAUAAAGCAUUGUCUCGUUC